GUUACUUCUCCCACUACAAUUUCCCAAUCCCUUCUCUAUAUAUAUGUUCCCCCUCGUUAGCACUCGAGCGGGAAAGGAGAAGCAAGAAAGAUGGCGGAGGCCAACAACAGUGACCGCAGUUCGAUGGAGCAGCAACGGCAACGGCAACGGCAACGGCAACAGCGACUCUUCUUUCAGCAGCACUGGCGACAGCUCUUGUUCAUCCGGCAGCAGCUCCAACAGCAGCAGCAACCGCAGGCGUCGAUCCACCAUCAACCGUCUUAUAAUCUCCGCCAACCUCUGCAGUGCACCAUCCCCCGCUUCCUGUCUGAUAAUCUCGGCGCCACCGGCGUCCGACACUUCCAGGCCCCUCUGCCGCACCAGCCGCCCCACUCGUCCUCCUCCUCCCAUCCGCCGCCGGUCCCCUGCCUCCGCCCCCACCACGUCCCUCCACAGUCCCAGCCGGCGAGGCCUUCGGCUUCGGGAGUCGAGGUCGGCGCCGGCAGCAAGAGGCCCGUGAACCCCGUGGAGAUAGAGAUGGCUCACCAGGACGCGUUGAUGGUCUGCAACCCCGACUUGAAGAGCCCCUUCGCCUCUGUGGAGGACGCUGUGCAAAGGCUGCUGCCUUAUCAUGUGGUGUCUGACUAUAAUGCUGAAGAAGAUGAUCAGGUUCUUGAGAGUGAUACUACAGGAGAUAGCAAGUCACGCUCCCAGCAGUGGGACAACGACGUCCUUGACGCAGUCACAAAGGUCAACGCUACGUUUGAGAAGCAAGUUCGUAACUUCAACAUGAUGUUACGGAAGAGAGCACAAGGAGAGUUCAGAUCAGAGGAGAGGCUUAUGCUAGAGCAUGCUUUAUUGCAAGAAGAGAAGGAAGCUUUGUUGAAGACAAAAGUAGAAAUCGAAUCCAGAGAGAAGGCUGAUAAGGAAGCAGCAGAAGCCCAAAUGCGGAUGGCCAUGGCCCAGGGAGAACAAACUCAAGCAGAGCGCCGGUCUCAUGCAAAUGUUCACGCUGCAUCCCGUCGUUACGAGGGGUCUGGCGACCAGGGAGGUAACAUGGAUGGACUUCAUGGGUGGAAUUACUCAAAGAAAGAUGAAGAGCCAUCAAAGGAUUCUUCUGAAUGAUGAAAAUGAACCUGAAUGGAAA